AUGGAAGCUAUCGCCGCACUAAGUCUCGCAUGCAAUAUCAUUCAAGUGAUAGACUCAACAUCCAAGGCAGUAAAGGCUUGUGGCCAGUUCUACAAGUAUGGGACGACCGUCGAUAUCGAGGAUUUGAGUUAUGUAAGUGAUCAACUAUCUCAAACCUCUGACGCUCUCGACAAGGCCCAGUCUCUCCCACCGGGAACACAGCUGUCCAAAACCGAUGCCGCACUGGUUGAACUCGGAAAAAGGGUGCACGAUUUAGCGGAGUCUCUUAGCAAGGAGCUCAACUCCCUCAAAAUUGCUCCCGGUUUGGGCCGCAGAGCUGCACUCGUCAAGACGUUUCACCUGAAAUGGCGAGCUUCUCGAAUUGAUGAGCUAAAGAGGAAACUAGACGGACUUGUUCAGGUUCUAGACAACAAGAUCCUUGUUCAACUGAGUGAAAAGUUGAGCUUAACCCUUCGCAAUCAGGGAGACAUUUUAAAGGCGUUGAACGAUAGACAAAAGGAAAUUGCCCAGCAGAUCAUAGAGGGUGCUACGACUGUGGAAAAGCUUGUCUCUUCACAAGGUGCGCAGGCAAGAUCUCACGUUACGCAGGAACAUCUUGUCACCAGGAGCCGUAUCGACCAGAUCGAUAAGAAGAUUGACCAGGUUGUGGAUACUCAGCUUCAAAAAGUCGAAUUUGACAAGUUCAUGCAGAGCCUCCAUUUCCCGGGGAUCAAUUGGAGACAAGACACGAUCGAAGAGGCGCAUGAGAAGACCUUCGAGUGGAUAUUUGAGAGCCUCGAAGACACGCCCGAACGUUGGCACAACUUUCCUAGCUGGCUACGAAGCGACCAGCCACUGUACUGGAUUCUCGGAAAGCCGGGCAGUGGUAAAUCUACCCUGAUGAACUUUCUGGUGCAAGAUAGCAGGACCCUGAAAGAGCUGGGAUCUUCAGGACAGCCAACGACUAUACUGUCCUUCUUCUUCUGGGAGGCCGGUGUCGAACUCCAAAAAGCCCUCGUCGGCCUUCUACGGUCACUGAUUUAUCAACUCCUCAGAGCUAUCGAUUCCAACCAGGCACUCCAGGUCUGGUCCGAUGUUAUCCAACCUCACAACCCUCCAUUGCUGACCGUAUGGACUAGCAAACUAUUACUUCGCCUCCUACAAAUGAUUGUACAAGCCGUGGAUCAGCGCUUCUGUUUUUUCCUUGACGGGCUUGACGAAUUCCAGGAUGCUGUGGACGGAACCGAAGCUAUCAGGGCUCUACAAGAUGUCUUGAACUAUCAAAAUAGCAUAAAGUUGUGCAUAUCCAGUCGACCCCAGAACAACCUCCAAGUGUUGUAUCAAGGCUGUCCGAAUCUUGUCAUCCAGACUCUAACCGAGCAUGACAUCCGGCGUUAUGUCGAAGACAAAUUACUCAAAACUCCCCUGACAGAUCAGCUCGGAGCCGCACAUUCGACGCAGGCAUCUCGACUCGUGGAUGAGGUCGUCUGGAAAGCCGAAGGGGUGUUCCUCUGGGUUACCCUAGCUGUUCAAUCGUUGUUACGCGGAAUCAGGAAUGAAGACCACUGGGAAACCUUGCAAGAACGUCUUGACCAACUCCCGUCUGAGAUCUCUGACCUUUACAAACACAUGUGGAAGAGGAUGGCGGACGAUUAUCCUAUAUACGCAAAGGAAGCUGCACUCUAUCUCCAAAUUAUCCAGCACUUCGGACCACAAAACCUGCUGGAAAUGACAAUCAUGGUUGAUGAAGAUCUACGCCCCAUCUUCUCCACGCCAGCAGCCACCUGGGGAGUUAAGCAACUUGAGGCUAAGGUGGAUCAUGAGAAGGUAAGGAAAAGAGUCACUGUAUGUUGUGCUGGAUUUCUCGAGGUGACGGACGUUCAACUUUACAAUCUGGACAGCGAACUCAGAAAAGUUCAAAAAAGGCUUGAGUACAGUACCCUUGAGUUGCGACCUGAAGUUAUCGACCACCUCCUGGAAUGUUUUCGUGCACACACAUCAACAAAAGUGGACUUUGUGCACCGCACGGCUGCGGAGUUUCUCAAUACUUCCGACGGCCACGCAUUGCUGCAAGCUCAGCUAUAUACGAAAGAAGAGCUCGUGGUGCAGCUACUCAGGUCAAAUCUCAUCUCUGUCUUUCUUGCUCCUCCUCUCUACGCUUUAUGGCUUCCCCUCGAAUUUUGGGCCGCUUAUCUUCCGCAUUUAGAGUCUGAAGAAGCUUCCACAGAAUUCUAUUCAGAAGCCGAAGUCAUCUGUAGGAAACUUUUCGCUUUGGACCUGUGGGAUCUGAAAAGCGUGGAAUCAGACCUCAUUGUUAGAGGGCAGAGCGAUGAAGUAGAUUAUAUCAAACUUUUCCGCGACUUCAGCACCCCUCGAUACCUGAUGAACAGGCUUAACGAAAAGGGCGUCGCGGAAAACAAGGCUUAUCUCACCGAGUUGCUUUCAUGGUGGGUUGAAGGUGCCUUUAUUUGCUGGUACUUGCCACGCGUUAUCCAGUGCGGUGUGCUGCUACUUCAGCUUGGGGCUGACCCCAACCAGGUGCUGUGGCCUGGAAUUUCUGACCAUCAAGCUUUCACCAUAUGGACAAAUGCUCUGAUUUGGCCAUCACUGUGGCUGCGCGCUGAGACCCCAAGUGAACUUGAAAAAGGAAGUUAUGUGGACCUAAUCACGGCAAUGUUGGAAGCUGGGGCUGAUCCAAAUGAGAGUCACGAUUGUUGCUUCGCAAGGGACUCGGAAGAAGAUGGGUGGAGGUCAAGUUCAGAAGCGACCUUGUCAACCGCUUUCAUGUUGUCCAAGUUUAGCGCUUUGGACCUCGUCACAGGGUCGGGUCAUGUCCUUGCGGAGAGAAUUGAGAGCCUUCUCCGCGGGGCAGGGGCAGCAAGCGCGCGAAAACAAGUCCUCUGCUUUCAGCCGCCGAUGUCGUGGUGGGUGUCUACCAAGCACAGUUCGAACCCUCCUUUUUUCCACGCCUACGUCACUACUGCAUCUUGGAUCAGGAUGCAGCCUUCGAUCAAGCGCAAGGGUCUUGAUUAUUUCCGAGCAUUACACCAAGACGACUCUCACGUCUUUAACAACGGCUUAGAUGCAUUGCACGCGGCCGGAUGGACGGACGAGGAGAUGCGCACGACCCGUUCCCUACAAAGGCUGUGGGAGGAACUUCAGCAAAGCGGUGACGAAGGUCAAGAUGGUCAUGAACAGCACUCUACAGAGGGAGAGGAUGUCGAGAAUUAG